AUGGAUUAAAAUAAAUUUCAUGAAGCAAUCUAGAUUUAUACUAAUAUUUUGGGAAUAGAUUCAUAUAAUAUUGCUGCUUUAUUUGGUUAUGGUGAUGCCCUAACAAUAUUGAAAGAGUUUUAAUAGGCUCUAGAAUAAUAUAGAAAAAUAAAAAAACUUAAGAAAGAUUUAAUAAUUGUCUUUUUAAAAAUAGGAUUAACAUUAGGUUCUAUGGGGUAAAAUAAGAAGGCUUUGAAGUAUUUUAUCAAAGCUUAGAAUGAAAUUAUGGAAGAUCAUAAAUUAGAAUGGACAAGAAGUAAAGAAGUAGAAAUCAAUGAACUGUUAAGACAAACUCUUAAUUACUUUAAUAUUCAAAGCUUAAAUAAAGAGGAGUUAUUAGUAUAUGGUACAAUUUCAUAAAGCAUUAUUUCAGCACACAUUUUAAUUCGUUUCAAGCAUUAUGAUGAAGCUUAACAUAUUUUGAACUAAUUAAAAAGUUCUAAUCCAAAUAAUGAUUAAAUAUUUUGUUUAGAAGCGGACAUCUUAUUAGUCUCAGCUAAAUUUGAUGAAGCUGAAUUAUCACUUAAUAAGGCAGUAAAAAUCAAUCCAAACAGCUGUUAUACUUGGGUUAAAUUAAGUAAAUUAUUUUAAAAUCAUUUUUACAGCAAUGAUUUUAAUAAUAUAAGGCAAAUAUAUAGAAGCGUUAUCUCAAUUAGAUAAUGUAAUAUUAAAAGCGUUCCCUCACAAUCUUGA